AUGUCCCACGAGAAGAGUUUCCUGGUGACGGCCGACGCCCCCCCGCCCCCCACCCCCGGCCCUUACGCUCCGCCCUACGCCGCCCCUCCGCCCCCCGGCUUCGUGCCGUACCCCCCUCCUCCCCCCCAAUCCGUGGGGCCGUACCCGCCCCCCCCCUCGGGGCCGUACCCCCCCCCAUCGGGGCCGUACCCCCCCCCCGGGCCGUACCCGCAAGGACCCUUCGCGCAGCCGCCCUACGCGCAGCCGCAUCCCAUGGUGCCCGGAGAGCAGCACUCCCCUCUGCACAGCGCGUACCACGAGGACGGCCCGCCCUCCUACUACGAGCCGCAGGAUUUCCCCGCCGCGCGAUGGGACCGCGCCGUGCGCCAGGCCUUCGUCAGAAAGGUGUUCGCGGUGCUGACGCUGCAGCUGCUGGUGACGCUGGCCUUCGUGGCCGCCUUCACGUUCGCGGGCGGCGUCCGCGCCUUCGUGCGGCGCCACGUCUGGUCCUACUACGUCUCCUACGGCGUCUUCUUCGCCUCCCUCAUCGCCCUCAGCUGCUGCGGGGAGCUGCGCCGCAAGCACCCCUGGAACAUCGUCGCCCUGUCGCUGCUGACGCUCAGCCUGUCCUACAUGGUGGGGAUGAUCUCCAGCUUCUACGACACCGACGCCGUCAUCCUGGCCGUCGGCAUCACCGUCGUCGUCUGCUUCACCGUCGUCAUUUUCUCGCUGCAGACCAAGUACGACUUCACGUCGUGCCGCGGCGUGCUGCUCGUCUGCCUCGUGGUCCUCAUCCUCUUCUCCAUCCUCUGCAUCUUCCUGCGCAACCGCAUCGUCGACAUCGUCUACGCCUCCCUCGGGGCGCUGCUCUUCACCUGCGUGAGUGGCGACGGGGGGACGUGGGGACGACGGGGACGUGGGGGGACAUCGGGGGGGGGGGGGGCCUGGGGACGUGGGGGGACAUCAGAGGGAUGUGGGGACACAGGGGGGUGUGGGGGCAUCGGGGAGAUAUGA